AUGGCUUUCCGAGCCCGUAAACAAGUGGCGAACGUCGUGCGUCGCGUCAGGGCUGACACCGGUAGUGGCGUGGUGGCGCGGUCGUUAGUCGGUGGCGGGCGUCCUGCGAGCGCGCCAGGGCUGACACCGACAGUGGUGCGGCGGCGCGGUCGCCAGUCGGUAGGUCAGGGCGGCCAGGGGCGAGCACGUGAGCCGCGCCGGGGAGCGCCGCGCGUGCGGGGGGUGGGGGCGUGCGCGCGCACCGAUCGAUACGCAGCUCCGCGUCCAGUGGCCGGCCAGCCGCGCGCCCGCACGCACGUGCCGCGUCCCCAUGCCAUCGCCCCACAGAUGACGGAGCCCGCCCGCGCCCGACCACGCCGCAACGACCCCGCACCCAGCACGCGCCGAGUUCUAACCCCGAGCCGCGCGACAAGGCUGUAUAAUCAACGAACUCAGUUCCGUGGGCAC